UAAUUGAGGGCUAAGAAGCAGCGCAGCCUACAUUACAAGCCAGCACGGGUUUCCAGUGGGGACAAUGCAGACGUUAUGGAUCGAGUCCUUGGCUGUACCUGAUGACGGACGAAAGAAUACAGCAGGGAAACGGGGACACUGCUAAUUCCGAUGUUGAACAAGGUGCCUAUGAACAUUUCGUGCAUCUCAUGAAGGGACAGCCGGUGUGUGCGCUUCCCUUCGCUCUUCCUGCGUAUGUCAGCCCGUGCUUCGGCCAGUUCUCGGACGACAUUUUCGCUGAUCCAUGUCUCACACGUAUGACAUACCAGCAAUAUGAAGUGGUGUCCAGUCACUGCCAUCUACUUUGGCUUUCUGGUCAACCGGGCACUGAGUUAUCCCAAGAAGGCUGCCCAGUGAAGAGGGGUUCAUCCUUGGACAAAUAAUGAUCUUCUAUCACCAAUUUAUGACCCAAUAAGAUCUCGUACCACGUCCGCUUCGUUGACAAACUUUAGGUCCUCUAAUAUCAAUGUACGACCUGAUCUGGUUAUCCAAGGGCAGAAUGGUCAAUAUACAGUCUUCGUGAAACAUCGAGAUAUUAAUUGUCGCAUACUAUUCUGAGCAGCAGACUAGAGAGCACCAUCUCUGGCCUAUAAAAUUGAACAGGACUUAUCAGUGGUU